AUGUUCCGCUCCCCGCAGCCGGGCGACUGGGCCGCCGAAGACGAGGACACGGCGCCCCUCCCCACGCCCACGCAGGCACGCGAGCCGGCAGCUCCAGCGCCUGCGCCCGUCUCAGCAGCCCCCGCCGCGUCUAGAUCGCAGGACGCGCGCGGCGGAGGCGGACGCUUCGACCGCAGCAACAGCGGAGACUACGAGCGAGGAGGACGCUUCGACAGGGACAAUGGAGGAGGACGCUUCGAGCGCGACCGCGACUAUGGAGGAGGAGGAGGCGGUGGACGCUUUGACCGCGGCGGAGGCGGACGCUACGACCGCGACAGGGACUACGACCGCUACGACCGAGGCGGAGGCGGCCGCUUUGAGCGCGACAAUGGUGGACGAUAUGAACGCGACAACGGAGGACGCUACGAAGGCGGAGGACGCGCCGACGCCGCGCGCUGGGGACACAACGCCGACCGCCGCGGCGGCGGCGGCUCGGGCGCGCGCGAGCUGCCCGUAAAGCAGGGCUUCGUGGUGUCCAUCAAGGAGAACUUCGGCUUCGUGAGCUGCCUGGAGCGGGACGGGGACCUGUUCUUCCACAUCUCGGAGGCGCCCGUGGACGUGCAGCUGCAGGACGAGGUCGAGUUCCGCGUCAAGUACAACCAGCGCUCGGACAAGGAGAUGGCCUGCCAGCUGGUGGCGCUGCCCAAGGGCACGAUCAAGGUGGAGGAGGUCUCGGACGAGCUCUUCGACGGCGUCGUGACCAAGAGCCUGCCGCGCGGAGGCCACGGCGGCGGCCGCGGGUUCUUCAACAACCGGGACGACGACCGCCACCAGCGCGAGGAGCAUGGACUCAUUGAGGUGAAGAAGGCGCCCGAGCAGGGAGAGGACGCGAAGGCCGAGGAGACAGCAGCGACAGGCGAUGAGGAGCAGACACAAGAGGAGGCUGACGCGUCGCCCAAGAAGACGCUGGCCAGGCGCGAGUUCGUGCGCUUCAACAGCGAGAGCGUUGCGGUGAUUGAAGAGAAGGACGACCAGGAGCAGACUGGCCGACCCAAGAAGAAUCCGAUCCCGCACUUUGGCGACGAGGUGCGCUUCCGCAUUGCCAAGCACCGCAAGACCGGAGCGAAGCGCGCGGUGGACAUCAUCAUCACGGUUUCUGCCCGGGAAAAGCUGGAGAAGGAGAUCGAGGCCAAGUUGGAGACGAUGACGCGUGAGACGGGCGUGGUGGACCGGGUGAAGAACGGUGGUGGCUUCAUCAAGUGCUGCGACCGACCUGUGGACGUUUACUUCCCCUUCCAUGAAAUCCGUGAGCCAGAAGAGGGCGACAACAGCGACACCAAGGACGGUGAGCAGAGUGAGACCUCUGAGAAGUCCCGCCGUGGCCGGCAAGGUAAGGGACCGACUCUCCGCGAGGGUGAUGAAGUGUCUUUCUUUGUGUACGAGGACCAGGAGGAUGACUCAGCUCGUUCGCGCCCUCGCUUGACUGCGCUCCGCGUGCAGAAGCUCCCCCCCGGCUCAGUUUCUUUCGAGGAGCUCGUCCGUGCUGACGUCGAGGGCCUCGUGUCGAAGCUGCCAAAGGAACCUCGCAACGGCCCCGAGGUCAUUGGCUCGAUCACUGUUGCGUCGGUCGAGCCAAGUGAUGGUGAGAAGUCUGAGGAAGCAAAGGACGCCGCGAUUGAGACGACGCCCGAGAGUGAAGGAAAGCCAUCUAAGAAGAAGAAGGGCAACAAUGGCAAGGCCAAGAAGCAGAAGGUUUCCUUCCGUCUUUGUGAUACGGAGGACAUGAGCUACGUUCCCCACAUCGACGACAAGGUCGUCUUUGAUGAAGUGCUGGACAAGCGCACUGGUAAGAUGAAGGCCGUCAAGGUUCGCGUGGUGCAACUGAACCCGAAGAACCGCGAGACUGGCACAAUUAAUGCCAUGAAGGAGGACUUUGGAUUUAUCAAGUGCGCUGAACGCUCGGGCGACGCGUACUUCCGCUUCUCAGAUGUCAUGGGCAUAAGCCGGAGCUACAACAACGGCACGGAGGUGGCGUUUGAUGUUCAAGUGGAUAACAAAUCCGACCACAUCCGCGCAACGCGAUUGCAGAUUUUGCCUCGCGGAACUGUCAAGUGGGAGGAUGUUGCCGCUGAAGGCCUGGAGGGAAAGGUUGUUGCCGUGCCCAGCUCGCAGAGAGGACACCAGUCAAACCGCGGCGGUCGUGGAGACAAGAUGAAGCAGCUGCAGAAGUUUGUGCAUGGAAAGAUUAGUUGUAUCACUCCGCAGAAGCAGCACUUGAUUGACUUCCUGCCGGAGUUGAAGGAGAAGGUUGACGCGGCGUUUAUUACUUCAGAGGACGUUGUGGAGGCGCCUGAAAAGAUUGCCGAGGGCAAAGAAGGAGAUAAGGAGGGCGAGGAAGCUGACAGCAAGGCUGAGAUCCGGAUCUCGUUCCCCAGCGCUCUGUCCAAGUUUGAGCGUGCUGCUAUCCAUGAAUACAGUGACUGGCUUGGACUGAAACACGAAAGCAGCGGCGAAGGAUCUCAACGUCGGCUUGAACUGGUCGGCACCGAGAAGAUUUCGCUAAAGACCGUGGAAGACAAGCUUGCGAAGUCUGCUCCUGAGCUUACGGUGGAGUUUAAGGAAGACGAUGUGGAUGACGUGCGAUACAAUCCACACGUGGGAGACCGCGUCAAGUUUGAUUUGGUAUUGGUCAAGCGAACUAAGCAGUUCCAGUGUAAAUCCAUAUCGUGCGUGGAAGCUGUCUCCACCAAGAGCAAGCCUGCAGCCAUCACAAAGAGCGAUGCGGCCAAGGGCGAGGGAUUCAUUGUGUCGGUGAAGCCAGAGGGUUUUGGUUUUAUCCAGCCUGCUCAAACUGUACCUGGAUCCCUGGAAGAAAACCUGUUUUUCCACAUCAAGGAGGUCAUGACGGGGCAGACAUUGGCCGAGUUGAAGGAAGGAACCGAGGUCCAGUACACCAUCUUUGUUGACGAGAAGAAGACGAAGAAGCGUGCGAUGGCCAUCUCCGUCGUGCCAGCGGGGACUAUCAAGAAGGUAGUGCCCGAGAGCAUCAAGGGUGUUGUCACGAAAGUUAGCUUCCUGCACCGGAUGAAGAGCGGGCCGAAGGGGCGCUUCGCCAAGGCAAACCCUAAGACAAGUACUCUCGGACGAAUUCGCAUGGCCAUUGACGCUGAUGACGAUGACGAUGCUGACGCGGAGGGAGACAGCGAUGACGAGGAAAAUGAAGAGGAUAACACGGAGGAGGUCAAGAGCGGUGACACUGAGACCGAGUCGAAGGACGCCACUGCCUCUGACGAGACGAAAACGACGGAGAAGAAGGACACGGCGCAGAAGAAGUCGAGCAAACAGAUUUAUCUGUACAACAUCCGUGACAUCGCAGACCCGACUGUGGUGCUGCGUGAGGGCGACGAGGUGGAGUUCAUCCCCCAGGUGACGCCGAAGAAUCUACGCGCAGCCAACAUUCGUCUCAUUCAGUCGCAUGCUAAGCAAGGAGUGGUGACUCGCGUGGCCGAUGAUCUCGGGGGUAUCAUUCGCCUAGACGGCGACGAUAAUGAUCCAGCAAUUGAGGCUUCUUACACGGCUCGCAAUGUGCUGCGUGGCGAUAUUCUGAGCGAGGGCGACCGUGUUGAGUUUGCGUACCGAGCACCGCCCGCCGCCAAGCCCAACAACAAGGUGUCGAAGAAGAACGUGGCCGAUGAUAAGGGUUCUGAAGAGGAAGAAAAGGAGAAGGUCGAAGGUGAAGAAGGGGCUGCCAAGGAUUCCGCUGAAUCUACCGCCGAGGAGCCUAUCCUAGGCCGUGCCACGAGUGUUCUGCGCCUUUCGUCUUCGCCGAACCCCCAGGCAAGUUCUAAACGCCGCGGCUCUCGAUCUGUCAACUCCACGCUGAAGGAGGCUAUGCGUCAGGUUGGAGCCAACGCUAUGGUUGCGUCUCGCAUGGCGAAGGGGCCGGAUGGAACGCGGGGCUUUGCUGAAGGAUGGAACUCGUCGUCGCAGAGCAAGGAGAGCUCUACCACUACUACAGGCACCACCACUACUACCGUCACAACGACGACGACGAUUAGCUCGGAGACGAGCGAGGCGUAA